AUGGAAGAGUUCUUUAUUAAUUCUUACAAGACUUCCAUUUACUGUAUCUGUAGAUUAGACCUUCAUAAGCUCCUCACGAGGCCUCAUGGAGCCGGGGACUCAGCGACUGCUGUGCACCAGGGAGCUCGAUCCAUGCUUGGUUCCCUGCAAACAAUCAUAAAGGGUGGGGAACAUCCCCGCGACAUGAUUGGCAAAUUGAAGCAGAACCUGCUGUUGGCCUGUCUGGUCAUCAGCUCGGUCACCGUCUUCUAUCUCGGCCGUCAUGCCAUGGAGUGCCAUCAUCGCAUCGAAGAGCGCAGCCAGCCGGGCGGAAUCUUGCCUCUGUCGGCGAUCGGGGGCAGCAUGCGCACCACCUUACGGACAGGCCAGAACCUCAGCACGCCAUUUGUUUACAACAAGGACAUGCCGCUUAUAUUCAUAGGUGGCGUGCCCCGAAGUGGGACCACGCUAAUGCGAGCCAUGCUGGACGCCCACCCAGAGGUGCGCUGCGGUGAAGAAACGCGCGUCAUUCCGCGCAUCCUGGCCAUGAAGCAGAUGUGGAGCCGCUCGGGCAGGGAGAAGAUGCGCCUGGAUGAGGCGGGUGUGACGGACGAGGUGCUGGACGCCGCGAUGCAAGCCUUUCUCUUGGAAAUAAUCGUCAAACACGGCGAGCCUGCCAACUUCCUCUGUAAUAAGGACCCUUUUGCACUGAAGUCGCUUUCUUACCUGGCCAAGAUUUUUCCCCGUGCCAAGUUUGUGCUCAUGAUACGCGAUGGAAGGGCCUCAGUCCACUCCAUGAUCUCGCGGAAAGUGACAAUUGCAGGCUUUGACCUGGGCAGCUACCGAGACUGCCUGACCAAGUGGAAUCGGGCAAUUGAGACGAUGUAUACUCAGUGCCUGGAGGCCGCAGACAAAUGUCUACCUGUGCACUAUGAACAGUUGGUCCUGCAUCCUGAAAAAUGGAUGCGGACACUGCUGAAAUUCCUCGACAUUCCUUGGAAUGAAGCGGUCCUCCACCAUGAGGAGCUCAUUGGGAAAGCUGGAGGAGUUUCCCUCUCAAAGGUGGAGAGAUCCACAGAUCAAGUCAUCAAGCCCGUCAACGUGGAGGCCUUGUCCAAGUGGGUGGGAAAGAUUCCCGCUGAUGUGGUGAGGGACAUGGCUGUAAUCGCUCCCAUGCUGUCCAGGCUGGGCUACGACCCACAUGCCAACCCCCCCACCUAUGGUCAGCCUGACCCCAAAGUUCUGGACAACACCAGGAGGGUAAGUUCCAAGCACACAUUUGUGGCAUUUCUGUUGGUUUAA